AUGGAGAUCCGACCAGACAGGUUUAAGGCGGUCGCGGGCAAAACUCUGGGGAAAAUUCACAGGCUGAUCGAGAAGCGGCAGCCCAAUGGAGAAACCAUUGAGUUAUCAGCAGAGGGCCGUCCUGAGCUGGUGGAGGAGAAGGAGCUGCCGGUGGUGGACUGUACCUGCUUCGGCUUGCCGAGGCGGUACAUCAUUGCCAUCCUGUCUGGCCUGGGAUUCUGCAUCUCUUUUGGCAUCCGGUGCAACCUGGGCGUCGCCAUUGUAAGCAUGGUCAAUGACCACACAGUCUACAAAGGCAACAAGGAAGUGCUUGUGGCUGCACAGUUCACCUGGGACCCUGAGACAGUGGGGAUGAUCCACGGCUCCUUCUUCUGGGGCUACAUCGUCACACAGAUUCCAGGCGGCUUUAUAUGUCAAAAAUUUGCAGCCAACAGAGUGUUUGGAUUUGCCAUAGUGGCCACAUCCACCCUCAACAUGCUGAUCCCAUCUGCUGCUCGCUGCCAUUACAGCUGCGUCAUACUGGUCAGGAUAUGCCAGGGCCUGGUUGAGGGUGUAUCAUACCCAGCUUGCCACGGGAUCUGGGCCAAGUGGGCGCCUCCUCUUGAGAGAAGUCGAUUAGCCACAACAGCCUUUUGUGGAUCCUAUGCGGGGGCUGUGGUGGCCAUGCCUUUAGCUGGGAUACUGGUGCAAUACACCGGGUGGCCUUCAGUAUUCUAUGUAUAUGGCAGUUUUGGGAUAUUCUGGUAUUUGUUUUGGAUUCUGGUGUCGUAUGAGAGUCCUGCAGUCCAUCCCACCAUCACACCGGAGGAGAGGAAGUACAUUGAAGAUGCAAUCGGAGAGUCUGCGGCAUUUCUUAAUCCUCUCCAUAAAUUUAAAACCCCCUGGAGACACUUCUUCACCUCCAUGCCAGUCUACGCCAUCAUUGUUGCCAACUUCUGCAGGAGCUGGACCUUCUACCUGCUGCUCAUCAGCCAGCCGGCCUACUUUGAAGAAGUCUUUGGCUUUGAGAUCAGCAAGGUGGGCAUGGUGUCAGCUUUGCCCCAUCUGGUGAUGACAAUCAUCGUGCCCAUUGGAGGCCAGUUGGCAGACUACCUGAGAACCCACAACCUGAUGUCCACCACCAACGUCAGGAAGCUCAUGAACUGUGGAGGUUUUGGGAUGGAGGCCACUCUCCUGCUGGUGGUGGGAUACUCUCACUCCAAAGGCGUUGCCAUUUCCUUCUUGGUCCUCGCUGUGGGUUUCAGUGGUUUUGCUAUCUCAGGGUUUAACGUCAAUCACUUGGAUAUCGCCCCUCGAUAUGCCAGCAUCUUGAUGGGCAUCUCAAACGGGGUAGGAACACUAUCUGGAAUGGUGUGUCCUCUUAUAGUGGGAGCCAUGACCAAACACAAGACACGUGAAGAGUGGCAGUAUGUCUUCCUUAUAGCUUCCCUUGUUCAUUACGGAGGAGUGGUUUUCUAUGGACUCUUCGCAUCAGGAGAAAAGCAGGCAUGGGCAGACAUAGAGGACACCAGCGAGGAGAAGUGCGGCAUCAUCAAUGAGGACGAACUGGCCAAUGAGACAGAGGAGCUCUACCGUGGAGGCGGGCAGUACGGGGCCAUGAGCCAACCGGUUGUUGGUUCCAACGGAGGAGGGGCCGGAGGAGGAGGAGCAGGGCCGGGGUGGGUGUCGGACUGGGAUAAGUCUGAGGAGUAUGUGCAGCCACCUGGAUACAACUCUUACAUGUAUGGGGGAGAAGAGGAGAGGGAGCUGACAUAG